GAGGCCCGGCGAGAAGCGUUGGAACAAUGACCUCUUCAGCCAGAUCAUCUGCGCACCCUUCGACCCGAAGGCAACGCUCUUGGCGCGGGGCGCCGCGGACAGGCCGAGGUACAUGACCAAGGGGAUUCCCAACCGGUUGGGUCGGGCACCUGGCUGCCCAGCUUGUGACGAGACGGGCCAGUGCAACGCUGCGGAGUGCAGAGCCAGAUUGGAGGCUCUGCUGGGCGCGGAGGACAUUGCGAAGGGCCUGGCAGCGCAGGCUGGAGCGCGAGCUGAGGCACCACCACCAGCUCGAGAAGCGGUCAGGAAGCAGUCGAAGUGUGCACCAGCAGAGGGGCCAGGGCGUGGAGCAGCAGCAGCCGCGGCAGCAGCCGCAGCAGCAGCUCCCAGCGCAGCGGAAGACGUGGCGAUGGACCAUGAGGAGGACAGCGUCGAGAUGAUGGUGCAGGACCCCGUGGAUAUUACCGAAGGAGUAAAACGACAGGUCCCAGAGAAGGAGGAGACGCCAGAGAGCAAGAAGGCGCGCGUAGUCGGCGGACUGGCCGUCAACGCCAUGUCAAUGGAGCUGCGCGCGGUGGACCUCGGCGAGUACGCCGCGGAGCCGUGCGAGGAGAAGUGCCUUUCCAACGCCAAGGGGGCGCUCUCUGGACAGCUGCUUCCAGCGGAGAAGGACGGGAAGGUGGGCGCCGACGCUGCGCGGUGCAGUGUCGUGGCCAUGCAGGUUGCCUACCAGGCGCGCGAUGACGCAUUCGCUGGGGCGCCCCCGCUGAAGUUCGUCAGGCUGGCACUGGUGCUGGCAGCGACGUUCAGGAACCGCAGGAAAGUCUACCUGAUAGGGCUCUGGGGCAUCAGCAACGCGGUCUGCCGCGCUGAGAUGGGCGAGGACGUGUACGCGGCGCCGCCCUCAGGUGAGGGGGAGCCACAUGUAGCGCGGCAGUUGCGGAAGGCGCUGUACGGGACCAGGGGAACGAGCAAGCUGCUCCAGCACGCGAUCCGUAUGUUGGUGACGGUGGUGUUCUACCGCGUCCAGAAGGGCAUCUACAUCGCGGUGCACGGAGACGACUUCAUGGCCGUGGGGGCGCUUGAGGACCUGAGGUGGCUUAACGAGAUCCUGGAGGCGAAGUUCGAGGUGAAGCGGUCGCCGUUCGUGGGGCCCGCAGAAGCUGGAGGUGAAGCGACGUCUGGCCAUUUCCUGAAUAGGGCGGUUAGCUGGACAGAGAAGGGUUUCCACUGGGAGAGCGACGCGAAGCACGCGAGGACAGCGGUCGAGGCUUACGGGAAGUUGCCAGCGGCGAGGGAGAUCCCGCCGGCUUCCAGGGGCAUCGGGAAGGAGGUGCCAACGGCGUUGGACAAGCUGGGAUUCGCGGAGAAGCUGUUCCAGACUGUUCCAGUCGGCGGCGCCGACGGCACUACAUGGCAGCGGACAGGAUUCGGGUACAUAUGGAGUGCGUGCAUUGACAGCUGGGCUGGUCAGCAGGCGACACUUGCGCUGAGCAGUGGAGAAGCUGAGCAUGUGGAUAUGACCAGCGGCGCUGCGCGGGGGGUCUUCACGAAGAAUAUGUCUGAGAAGAUGGGCAACAGGAUGUCGGUGAAGGCGUGCGGUGGCAGCACCGCCGCAAUCGGGAUAUGCUCGAGGCUGGGUGUCGGACGCAUCAGACACCUGGAUGCGAAGUACCUGUGGUUGCAGGAGAAAGUUGCCGAGGGAGGGGUGCGCACCGCGAAGGUGCCGACGACAGAGAACGUAGCGGAUCUUAUGACCAAGGUUUUGGAGCCCGCUCGUCAUCACGAGCUUGUGAAGAGACUGCUCAUGACCUUGGAGAUCGCGAGGGGCUUGCCAAAUCAUGGACGCAGUGAGGUUGCAGCAGCUGUGCGUUUCACAGUGAUUGCAAUGCUUCGUUGA